AUGUCGUACUCCAAGUGUUGUCUUAAAGGCUUCGAAUGGAGCGGAACUCCAAGCGGAAAGACUGGGAAGAUCGCUGAUUUCAACACCUACAUUGCAGGCGACAACGCCGACGCCGCCGUACUGCUCAUCCACGAUGUCUUUGGUUGGACCUUUCCCAACUUACGCCUUCUAGCGGAUCACUUCGCUCGCGAGAUCAACGCGACAGUCUACCUCCCCGACUUCUUCGGCGGCGAGGUCGUCGAGCCGACUCCAGCUGUCCUAUCCGGAGACUUCAGUGGUUUCGACUUCGGAGGUUUUAUGGUGCGAAACUCCCGCGAGGCCCGAGAGCCCGAGAUAUUCGCUGUGGCGAAGGCCCUGCGCCAAAAGCACAAGAAAAUUGGCGCCAUCGGCUAUUGCUUCGGAGGGUGGGGUGUAUUCCGACUAGGAGCCAAGGAGCACAGUCCCCCCCUGGUCGAUUGCAUCUCAACGGGACAUCCGUCCCUGUUAACUAAGAAGGACAUCGAGGAGGUUGCGGUCCCCGUGCAGCUUCUAGCCCCCGAGCACGACAUCAUGUACUCCGAGGAGUUGAAGAAUUUCACAUUCGAAAAGGUCCCUAAGUUGGGAAUCGAGUUCGAUUAUCGCCAUUAUCCGGGCGUGGUGCAUGGCGCUCUUGUUCGCGGUAGCGAGAAGGAACCUGGAGAGCUAUUGGCUAUGGUCAGGGCGAAGAAUGACGCUGUUAACUGGUUUAACCAAUUUCUGCACGAGCCGUAG